AUGGACGAUCCAGGUUGGUCAUGGCCGGCCUGGAAAUUCGGCAUGAAGAGGGAUGACCUCUUUACCAAACUCCACGAUCAGUACAACACCUUUACCUUCAACCUACAAGACCCCGAAGCUUUUCACCACGACGUCUACGAAAUCUCCCGCGAUGCUGAUACCACCGACGAGUUCCAUCGCUUGAUGGCCGACCGGCAGCGCCAGCGGAUUUGUGAGCUACAUGAAUCUCUCGAGUCCCUUGCUGUCGAGAUCAUCGCCAACCCCAAGCUGAUGGACUCUGAGCACUGGCAGUACGCACUCCAGCUCUUCCGGACCAAGUCGUUUGACUCCAUCGUCCGCUACUUUGCAAGUUACCUCCCCGACAACUACAUCGACCGUCACGAUCAUCAAGAUCAUGACACUAUUUCUAUCGCAUCCUCAUCCUCUUUCUCCGAAACCAACAGUAUCAAAACCGAGGGCACCACGGCCAGCAGUGUCGAUGAUGCUCUCCCUAGUUUCUUUGAUGGCGAGCCCAUCAUGACCAAAGAACCUCUAUCUAUUCAUACCAAUAUUCGGCCCAUGACUGUUGAGGGCCCCCUCUCGCCUCCUCAUUCCGAGGCAGAGCACUCCGAGUCGUCACCAGCUUGCUGCUCGGAGUCUCACGAAUACUCCUCCAACCCUCCCUCACGCUCCAUGUCGUUUUCUGGGUUAGAGUCGGGGCUAUUUGGCCCUGGACUGACCCUGGCACACGUUCACGACGACGAUGAGACCUCGCAAUCUGACGAUGGUGACACAGCUGUCACCUCAGACUCGGAUUGCGCAGAGAGCCCGCCGCCGAUGGACAUGCUGGACGAUGGAGAGCAAUCUCACGAUACUCUUGAUGAGGAGGACCUGGAGGAGGACGAAUUUCCUACCGCUCAAUUUCCUGAAGAUGCCAGCGACGCUUUCGAUUUCUGUAACGAUACCCCAGAUUCUGACAACACUCCUACCCCCCGACAGGAGACCAUCGCGUCCUGCUACAUUGAGUACAAGUCCGCUGCGUCGUGGAGGAUUCCCUCUCACCGCCGCUCACCUUCACCCUCACCGAAGUACUCACCCUACCGCCGAGAAGGCUCUGCACUGAAGGACAUCCGCCGGAGUCCUGAGGAAUCGCUGAGCAAGAUUCAGAAACCCAUGCUAGAUCCCGUAAAGAGACGGCCUAUGGGUAGAAGAAGGCUGGACUAG